CACAAUGAACAGUGAUAUUGCACAUGUUGGACAGUGAUAUUGCACAUAAUGAACAGUGAUAUUGCACAUAAUGAACAGUGAUAUUGCACAUGAUAUUGAUAUUAUAUUUGUACUCAGUGUUUUCAGCUGAUGCAGCCAGAUGACCAAGUAUUACCUUUUUUUCUUUACUGUACUUUAACUUUACUUUUCUUUAUCUCGAAGCCAUGUAUUUAGGUUAAAGUUAGUGUUAAUUAACAAGUUAAUUAAGUCACCCUGCUGUGUUUUGAGCAGUUUGUCUCCAUCUGUCGACUUUAUCCAAACUAAUACUGAUUUAUUCCCACUAAAGAGCUUCGUUCUCUAACAGAAAUGUAAUAUAAAUAAAGACGUAACGUUAUCCAUCAUCUUUUAUAGAGAAAUUGCUCCUCUUUAGCGUCAAAAACAAGUUUAAAACUGUUUAAUUUCAGACGUAAAAUAGCUAAAAAGUUUGACCGAGCCUUUUAGUGUUGACAAUAAAGUUUUGUAUAUUUGAAACGUCCGCCCGGCAUAAUAGUCCGACUAGAAACACGCGUUGUUAUUGUUUUGAAUCGCUUCCGGUUAUCUGUCAUUUCGUUGUAGGCUGAAUUACAGCUUUAUGAAGCGUCCAAAAAUGAAUACAGUGGAUUUGUUUGUUACCUGUAGAUGGAAGAUGUGCCUUGGCUUCGUGUGUCGCAGUGUUACGCGCAGCAGUUCAGGAGAUAUCUACAGUCCAAAGGUGCUCUUGAUCUGAGCUUGUGUUUACUGAAAGACUCAGAUGAGACAGUCCACUUGCCCAUUUUACAAUCCUGUCUGCCACAACUUGAUCUGCAAUCUCUCAGAAGCAUGGGGGCUUCAGACGGUGCUUGUGAUAUAGUUUGGAGUCAGUAUCCUCUGCAACCAAAGAAGAAGAGAGGAGGGAUGUGUGGUGAUAAACUAGAGAAAAUCCUCCAGGAGAUGUUGGAAUCUCAGGGUGAAAGAUGGACGGAGGAGCUGAGGAGGGACGUCCCUCGCAGCUUCCAGAGGCAUGGAGACCUACUGGUGCUGGGAGACAACUGCUUCUCCCUGCCACUAUGGAAGAAAAUAGAUCGACAGCUAUGGAGUGCAGUAGCCAAAGGAUUGGGGGCAAAGCGCCUGGCAAAGAUGAGUCGAAUAUCCAGCGAUGGAUUUAGGUCUCCUGUGGUGACGAUGCUGUUAGGAGAGCAUGGCUGGGUCAAACAUGUGGACAAUAGGAUUAGUUAUGAGUUUGAUGUCACCAAAUGCAUGUUCUCAGCUGGAAACAUAACAGAGAAGCUCCGGGUGGCUGGAUUUGACUGCAGAGGGGAGACUGUAGUGGAUUUGUAUGCAGGUAUUGGAUACUUCACCCUCCCAUAUCUGGUUCACGCGGGGGCCAGUCAUGUUCACGCCUGCGAGUGGAACCCUGACGCAGUUGAAGCUUUACAGAAAAACCUCAUGGCAAACGGGGUGUCUGACCGCUGCACCGUUCACCAAGGAGACAACCGACAACUCCAGCUGUGUGGCAUCGCUGACCGAGUGAACCUGGGUCUUAUACCGAGCUCUGAGGACGGCUGGCCUGUCGCCUGUCGACUGCUGAAGAGAACAACCGGUGGCAUUUUGCACAUUCACCAGAACGUUACCUCAGCAUUACCGAACACUGCGGCCGCUCCGGCAAUCAAUGAGGCGACUCAGAGGGUUUCUGGGAAGAAAGCUGACAGAGAGGCGUGGCAGGCCUGGGCCGAUGACACAGCACACCGCAUCGCCUCUCUUUUAAAGGACAUCACUGGUGCAGCGUGGACAACAAACAUCCAGCACAUAGAACAUGUGAAGUCAUAUGCACCUCAUGUUCACCAUGUUGUGCUGGACUUGGACUGCAGACCACCCUGAGCUGAAGAGAUGGACACAGAUACUGAGAAGUAUACAGAAGUUUCCAGUGCAACCAAACACUACACCAGCUGGUCUCUAUGAUUCAUCUGACAUGUAGUAAAAUCAGCUGCUGCUGCUGUGUUUUCAUAAACCUUUAUUUAUCCAGGGCAGGUUCCCUGAGAACAAACGCUGUUUUCUUUUUUAGAAACGCCCUCUUGCCUCACACUCAUGCAAAUAUAAUCCCAUGUGGACCACAACCCCAGCCUUAUCUGUUGGCCACUGGACAACAGUUGUGGGUUUAGCUGCCUGUUGUGUUAUACUCGCUGAAUUUCCCUCCGACUUGGCUGAAAUGUGACUCACAUCCACAGCUCCUGACUCUCACAUCAUUGAGCUGGUAAUUACAGGAACACUCAAACCUGUAAAAUGACCCCAAAGUUAUUUGAACAGGACAUGGAUAUCAUAUAGACAUACAGUACUACUCUGCCUUGUCAAUAUAUCUUUGGAACUUCAGAAGGCAGCAGCCAAUUUAAUCAAUACUAAUUAAUUAAUUAAUUUAUUUAUUUAUUUAUUCAAUACUACAUGAUAUUUCACUCCUGAGCUAUAGACGGGUGAUAUAUUAAAGGUCCCGUGUUGUAAAAAGUGAGAUUUUCAUGUGUUUUUUAUUACAGAGCAGCCUGUUUAAGUUCUAUAUAAAUACUGUGAAAGUAUCAAAACGCUCAAAUCACUGAGAAAUAAACACAGGCUGUAUUCAGAAACUUUAUGCCUUCAUACGAGCCGUCAGGAUUUCUGUAAUUUUGUGAUGUCACAAAUCUACAAUAUAUAUAUAGGUUGCAUCCGAAAUUCCAUACUAACACGUUAUUUAAUAGCUAAAACAGUACGUGAGAUUUUUUUAGUAUGCCCCAAAACCUUAGUGUGAAACCAUUAGUACAUGAAUUGCAUACUAUUUCUGAUGAAAUAUUACAGUAUGCAACGCUGGCCACUACGGUGGCAUAAAUAUCCCACAAUGCAAUGCGGCAGUGACGACAAUAUUCAUUAACAGACGUUGACAGACAGCUCUGUAACAUCAAUAACGCUUCAAUUUAACUGUAAGUAUUAAGAUUUCACUUUGCUAUAUGUAAUAUAUAUUUCAAAUUAACAAACCGUCGCUUUCAUCACAGGUUGGCACAGGUUACCAUGGUUACAUGUCUCCAACCCGCAAGAAGGCUCUCAGGAAGUGAUGACAUAAAUUAUUAUUAUUGCUCAGUGCCUCCGAAAAGGAAGAUACUACUGUGUUUAUUCACACAAAAGUACGUUGAACGAUAGUACACAUAUUGGGUAUGUAGUGCGAAGUAUGCGAUUUCGGACGAAGCCUACUGUAUGUGAAUGACAUCAGCUGCUGACAGGAAGUAAACAUG